CUACUCCAUACAAACAGAGAAAUGAACAUUGCCGGCAAAGGUCUUUUGCUUUACGAAAACGACGUCCCAAGCAGUACCCCAGCACCUCCAAAGCCCCAUUCAGCUCAAAUACUCAGAAAAAGCUCCUUCUGCACAAUCAGAAGACCAGCAGCAGAAUGGCAUUCGGUGGCUUCUUCGGCGGCGGUAGCUCUAAAGACAACUCCUCUUCUUCAGCAACAUCAUCGUCAUCAUCAUCCGACUCUUCGUCCACAUCUAUCACAAACCCACUAUCCUCCUCCUUCUCACCUCCCAGCGGCGCUACCACAACGACGCCGGGCGUGACCCUGCAGCGGAUCCAAUCCGCCAUCAGCGAACAAUCCAACGUCGCCAACGCGAAGCAGCUCAUCUCCAAUGUCCACACGAACUGCUUCGAAAAAUGCGUCCCCAAUCCCGGGAGCAGUCUGAGCUCGACGGAACAGAAGUGCUUGACUGCCUGUAUGGAGAAGUACAUUGAUGCGUGGAACGUGACGAGUCGGACGUACACGGCGAGGUUGCAGAGGGAGAGCGCAUCGCUCGCGGGCGGGAUCGGUGGCUCGGGGUCAGGAGGUGGGAAGGAGCUGUUCUAAGCUGCGCACUAGAUGGGGUUGCAGAAGCGAGCUCCGCGCGCGACCGGUGCUGGAAAGAGCAGGAUCUUUGAAGCUUUCAGAUCCCUGGGAACUUGGGUACUACAACAGCUCUGGCCUGAGGCGAGGCGGAAAGAGAGAAUGGCCAUGCCGGGCCAUCCUCAAAAGACAUCCGAGCAACCGACUGCCUUGCCAUGCAUUGGUGUCUCUUAGGUCGUGCUAUACUAGGCACCGGAGCACAGCAAACACAGUGGACAAGUCCUGGGCCGCUUCAGAGCUCAGGCUCCCCUGCAGCAGAGCCACCUGGAAGUCAACUCCCACCAAACCCGGCGCCUUUGGAAACCGCACACGCCUCUCAAAUGUAUACAUAACCCAACCAACCCUGCAACACCUCGCUGCUGAUCAGUCUCUCUCAGCCGGCCCAUUCAAGGCGUCUUGCUUGAGGUUGGCUGAUCCGAGACCGACAUCAAAACAGGUCCCUGUAGACUUUUCCAAUUCAUAGCAAUAGCUGUACACUAGGUAGUCAAUUCUUCGGUGGGAGGGACAGACAAAAAGAAUACCAAUAUUGAAAAAGAACGAUGCGGCUAUAACUAGAAGAGCAAAUGUUGCAAUCACGGAUCCUCCGUUGCGAACUGCCUGCCACCGGUUACGGCCAUUCAGGUCUGCUCAUCUCAGGCAGACAUAUGAACCGUGAGCGCCGAAAGAUCAGAUGCAAUGGUUUGAAGAAGAAUAACAAUUACUGCAUUGAAAAGUCAGAGGCUCAUCCAAGGCUCAACUGCUUUGCUUCUGGGCAUCAGAGGGUUAACUUCUCGAAUGGCAAGUAUGCAAAGUCCAUAUCUCAUGGCCACCCGUGGCGAUAUUGUC